AAUCAGAGGAGGCUGUGUCUUUGGUCUCUGUGUGUUCUUCAGCUGAUGAACAGAAACGAAAUCGAGCUGAAUGUAUUUGGCGGUGUCUGAAUCUGAUACAAAGCUUCCGACUUUGAUUGGUUUCAAGUGAAAAGCAGAGAUGGGUUUGAGUCAGUACUUGAGUUCAGUCGAUUGGGAGCAAGAAGCUUACCCACAUUACCAAGACUUCGCUGUUCUUCCUUUCUUCGUUCUGUUCUUCCCCAUCGUCAGACUUUUUCUUGACACUUUUGUCUUUGAGAAAUUGGGGAGACGGAUAAUAUUUGGAAAGGGGCAUCGACUACCGGAUGUUCAAACUGAUGACCAAAAGAGGAAGAUUAGAAAAUUCAAGGAAUCAGCAUGGAAGUGCAUCUACUAUCUUUCUGCAGAGCUUCUAGCUCUCUCUGUAACUUAUAACGAGCCUUGGUUUACUAAUACAAAGUACUUUUGGAUCGGACCAGGAGAUCAGGUUUGGCCUGACCAGAAAACAAAGUUGAAAUUGAAGGGAGUGUACAUGUAUUGUGCUGGAUUUUACACAUACUCCAUAUUUGCUUUGAUUUUCUGGGAAACAAGGCGUUCCGACUUUGGAGUUUCAAUGGGCCAUCAUGUAGCAACUGUCAUUCUCCUUCUGCUGUCUUACAUUUUCAGGUUUACCCGUGUAGGUUCAGUGGUUUUAGCUCUUCAUGAUGCGAGUGACGUAUUUCUGGAGGUAGGGAAGAUGUCAAAAUACGGCGGUGCUGAGGGGAUUGCUAGCUUUUCAUUUAUUCUUUUUGUAAUGUCUUGGAUCAUACUGCGUCUCAUAUACUAUCCAUUCUGGAUCCUUUGGAGCACAAGCUAUGAAAUUAUCCUGACAUUGGACAAGGAAAAGCACGCUGUAGAGGGACCUAUAUAUUACUACGUAUUCAAUACUCUUCUAUAUUGCUUGCUUGUUCUUCACAUUUUCUGGUGGGUAUUAAUUUACCGUAUGCUUGUAAAACAAAUUCAACAAAGAGGCCAGCUUAGCAAUGAUGUUCGAUCAGAUUCUGAAGCUGAAGACGAUGAUCACGAAGAUUGACCAGGAAAUAGGACUUUAGAGCCACUGCAGUGUCACCCUCUCUCCAACAUUGGAGCAUUCAUUGUAUUUCCCCAAGAAAGAAACCACAAUUUCGCUUGUACUUUCUAAACAAUGGUCACAGCUCACACGUUGUGGUUUCAGCUGGAGUCGCGAAGAUCCUAUUAUUCUUGUACCAUAAUCAUUGCGGCCGCAGUAAACGCUGCGUCCUCAAAUUCAUUUCUUUUCACUGUUUUCCCCUUUGUUAGAUAGACUGAUGAACGAGCUGUUUCAUGAGAUUUGAAUCCUGCAGACCAGGAACAUCUUUCAUUUUACAACAUUUGAUUGUAUCAUUUUGAUAGUGAAAAGUGAAAAAGAGAGAAGAUUUCUAAC